AAAUUGUCUUGGCCUAUCAAGAUUCUUGUUCCCAGUAGUAUAUAUAAUAAAAGGCAACUAUAUGCAUCAAAUGUAAAAGCUAAUUUACAGAGAGAUGAAAUGAUAAGAUAAACAGAUCUCAAGAUGAAGGUAUACAUUACUUAUUGCCUCUCAUGCGUAUUGCUGGCUACAACGGAAGGACUUUUAAAAGACAUCAGGACAUAUAAAGAAUUUAUUGCAACAGUGCAUAAUUUCUACAGAAGUUAUGAGCGUGCUGCAGAUAUGAAGGAAUUGCAAUGGGAUCCUUAUCUACAAAGUCGCGCUGAGCUGUGGUCAGAGAAUUGUUUCUGGGACCACCAGCGAGACGGUCUAGGGGAAAACCUGGCUUAUUUCUGGACGAAUGGACCUGGUUUAUCAACUCUAGAAAUCAUAAUUAAGUCCUGUCAGAACUGGUGGAAGGAGGUCAACGACUGGCACUGGUCAACUGACUGUGGACAGGCUUGCCAUUAUACACAGAUGAUAUGGGGUAGUACGGAGAGGAUUGGUUGUGCCCUCAGUAAAUGUUCUAGUUUAAGGACAGAUUCUGGGCGGUCAUUCAAUAAUUCAGAUUUCUUCGUCUGCUUUUACGAUCCACCAGGCAACUUUGUUGGAAAAUAUCCUUAUACUCUUGGAGAACAAUGUACGAAAUGUGAUUAUGGCGACACUUGUAAUGGCGGCCUAUGCUCAAAAACAACGGGUGGAGUUUCUACAUCCCCGCAAGUGAACAUGCUGAAUAAGGUUAAAAUGCAGCCAGAUUCAGUUGUAACGUAUUCAGAAGAAUUAAAUAAAGCGACGUUAAGUCCAAAAUCUUCGCCGAAAACUUUUGUCCGAAGAGUAGUUUAUAAUUGGACACACUAGUAAGGCAAACAAUUUUUGUUUGUAGAAAUGUUGAUUCAUUGAUAAUGAAA